AUGCACUGGUCCCGUUCUUUGCCGCUACUCUGCGGCGCCCUUCUCCCAUUUGUUACUGGAGGGCUUGCAGUCUCCUAUGCUCCUACAGAGAAACGGAUGGUGGUGCUCGACAAUGACUGGUAUACAGCCGGUUUCCUUCCCUAUCUAAUUGCCCUUGAUGGGGAUAUGGAUGUUCUGGCCCUGGUUUCAGACACUGCAAAUACCUGGCAGCCACAGGUGGCCUUGCAUGCGGUCGCCACAUUAGAAGCCGGUAAUCUUAGCUGUAUUCCAGUCUAUCCUGGCGCUACCUGGCCAUUGAUUAAUACACCUCAACGCUUUCAGGCUUGGGAAUCUAUUCAUGGAAAACUGCCUUGGGAGGGUGCUUUCGCCCCUGAAAACAGAACUGCUGAAGCCGAAGGAAUGGAUCCCACCUCGGGCAAUCCCAAUCGCAUUGUCAAGGGGGCUUUCAAAGAGGGGUUCCCGAAAGGCAAGCCUAACAACUCUACCUCUGCCGCAAAUUUCAUGGUCGAAAUGGUGCAUAAAUAUCCUGGCAAGGUUUCCAUCUAUUCCGCAGGGGCUUUGACCAACGUCGCACUGGCCGUCCGCAUGGAUUCUGAGUUUGCGUCAUUAGCAAAAGAGCUCGUAAUUAUGGGAGGAUAUCUCGAUGUGAACAUGCUUCAGGCUACCGGAAAUGUGUUGCAGGCUGAUCUUCAAUCUGAUAUUAAUCUUAUGAUCGAUCCUGAAGCCUCUAAGAUUGCGUUGACUGCAGACUUCCCAUCAAUCACCAUCGCUGGCAAUGUGGCGAAUCAAGUGUUUCCCACUAAGGAGUUGGUUGAUGAGAUCAAGCAGGCAAACAACCCGUAUGCUGAGCUUUUUGCGAAGUACUAUGAUCUUUCAUUUCCCUUCUGGGACGAAACUGCCGCUGCUCUGAUGGUUGACCCCUCCAUAGCCGUGAACCAGACCUCAGUUUAUCUUGAUGUUGAUGUCUCUUACGGCAGCCCCAACUACGGCAACAUCCAUGUCUAUCAAAAGGCCCUGGCGCCUGCUGGCAUCCGAGAGGUCAAUUAUGUCUUCGAGGUAGAUGCGAAUAAAUUGCUUCGGCGCAUUAAGCAUUCCUUGAUGCACCCCAAGUCCUGUGCUGAUCUUGUGUAA